AUGACUAUAGAUAAAACCUCUGAACAUGCACCCUUUUCUUCUCCCUCUUCCAACGCAUCGCCCGUCAUGUCGGCCAACAACGCCUGGAUCAUGGACGAGCCCACCCGCAACCGACUCCUAAAGAGAUACAAGACCCAGGUGGCUUCGGCGACCUCGACUGUCUGCGCGACCCUGGCGGUGACUCCACUAGAGAACAUCAAAACCCGCAUGCAAACCCACAACUUCAAGAACGUCUUCCAAUGCGUCCGUUACCUAUGGCGCACUGAAGGCCCUCGUGGCUACGUAGCUGGAUGCCUCCCACCGCUGGCCAGUGUGACCGCCGUCCGCGUAGUCAACUUCACCAUCUACAACUCAUUCAAGCACCGGAUCGACGACACGUUCAAAAGCCUCACUGGCAAGUCACCGCUGGACGAGUACAAGAAGCCCGGCAGCACGCCCACGGCUGCAGGAAUCUUCAUGUUCACGGGCGCCGGUCUCUUCGCCGGCCUCGUGGCUUCUCCUCUUGCCUGCCCCUUUGAACUGGCCAAGAAUGUCGUCCAGACUUCCGUCCUCGUCUCUAACCGCGCAAUGGCUGACCCCAACGCCUCCCGCAACCCCUCGCUCCGCCACAAGCCGCGCCUCGGCACGAUCCAGGCCAUCAACCAAAUCGUCAAGCGCCACGGAUUCUUCGGUCUGUACACGGGCUUCAGGCUGCACGCGAUGCGCGACGCCGUCGGCACCGCGCUGUACUUUGGCAUCUACGAGACCGUCAAGCAAGUCGCCGCUAAAGAACUGGGCGAAGGCAAGUCCCCCUUUGGCGCGCCCAUGAUUGCCGGUGCGAUCUGCAGUACACUGCCGUGGUUCUGUACCUACCCCCUGGACACGCGCAAGACCCGUGCACAGAGCGUCCUCCUCGGCAAGUCCAAGGAGAUCGGCGAGGCGUCCAUUGCGGUGGCUAAAUCGAGCAUGUACAAAGGACUCUCGAUCAUUCUCAUUCGCACCGGUGUGAACAACAUGAUUCUUCUCAGUAUUUUCGAAUACAUCAAGGCGCGCAUCGAUGAGCUGCCGGCCUAA